AUGGGGGCUUGGCGUAAAGAUUCGCACGCGAAGGUCUUACCUGACCCCCUUUAUAUUGGAAUGACUGGUUGUGACUGUGUGGUGAUCGACCCUUGUCGCUAUCCUGUCACAUUCUCUUUCUGGCGACCGGGGUUUGCAUGGCCACUGCCUCCAUGCGUCCGUUUGCCCUUUGCCACUAUCCUUCGCUCGAAACGCUUCAAUACCGCUGCAUUUCAAGACAUCUCUAACGAAUUCGAGGACGUGAAAAGGGCGACAGACAUGGGCUCUCCUCCGAGGCUUUCCCACGCCAGUGCGCUAGGAAAGAGCACCCAGAAUCCAGUCAAAAUUACUGAAUCUGAGGUACAAGUAGACCAGAAUCCGGCUGAACGCCCACGCACAAAAUCGCGGCUUGUGCGACUCCUCACGAGCAAGUUUGCAUCUCGUUCAUCUUCGUCUAAAUCUCCACCCGCUCAACGCCCAUUCAAUCGGGUUCCGGUCGUGACGAGUGCUCAUGCUAAACGACAACGCGAUGCAGCCCUCCGCGAACGAGGGUUGCUGCCUCCGCUAAAGUCCAGCAAGGAUCUCAGUCAACAGGAGAGGGAACAAGACAAACGCAUCCCCAUAGUUCUUUUGGAGCGAAUGGAGCCUGGACCGCAGUCUGAUGAUCCUGACGUAGUCAUGUCGGCGGCCGAUCUCGUCAAACAAGAAUGGGAAGCAAAGAAUCAGGACGUGGAGUCAUCACAACGAGAGCGGUUACAGAACUUCAGGUUUGGUGUAACCCCAUCGUCAUCCUUCGUUGAGGCAACAGCUCCAACAUCAGCUACCGUCACACCUGUGGCCGAAGCCCCCAAUGCGGCCGGAAUUCCGGAAGAGUCAGAGGACUCCCAACCCUCCCAAGCUGCCUACCCUGAAGUCUCCAGCAGUGUGGCCGACGUUUCGAGAGACUCAGAGAGCUCGCAGCCCUCUCAAGCCACCGUCUCUGUAUCCUCUAAUGCGGCCGAUGUAUCGAGAGAAUCGGAGAGCUCUCAGCCCUCCGGAACUCCCGUCCUUGAAUCCCUCAAUGCAGUAGACGUAUCGAAAGACUCAGAUAAUUCUCAGCUUUCCCGAACCACUGUCGCUGAAUCUCCCACUGCGACAGACGUAUCGAAAGAAGCAGAGAGCGACCUCUCCUCCCAAAUUUCCUUAUUUGAAUCUAUGUCAUUGUCUCUGAAAGCUUUGGCACUGAUUACACCUAUUCCAGAGGUACCAUCGGAAAUAGGAGAAUAUGUAUACCCGUCGCUGCCUCCUUCUCCUGCACCUUCAGAUGACUCUUUGAAGUCACAUCUCUCUCCUACUUCCGCGCUUCUAUCGUCAUCAGUUUCUGUAGAGUCAACUGCCAGCCCGAGUGGCGCAUCUACUCUAAGACCAAUUCAUACACCAGCGACGACAGCUUCGCCAACUCCGCGGACGCCAGCUCUUUCUCUCACGCCGCCGGCGAUAUUAACAACGCAUUCAGACUCGUUGCCCAAUGAGACACCAAGUUGUCACGUCCGGAUUGAUUCUUUCCCAUUGGAAGAGUCCGUUUCUUCGCUUAUGACUCCAUCGCUAGAUGGCACUUCGCAUACGACGAAUUCUACGACGUCGGAGUCUAUGGGAAGCAUGGAGAAUGGAAAAUUUGGCAAUCUGCAAGUGAAGACGGUUGACCAGGGUCAUAAUAUUCCGGUCAUCAUUGAGAGCCCAGUUGAAGAGACCUUUUCCAAUGGGUUUGUUGCGGAAACGAUAAUGGAAGAAAAGGCGGAAGAAGAGGUGCCCGUCUCUUCACCACGGACACAGCGAAGAGGCUUGACCGACCCCACGGACGUCAAGCCAGACCGUCGAAAGUCUCUGAACCCUUUCAAGCGCACUGCGGUAGAAAUUGACAAUUCUGACAAGGCGUCGGUGUCAAAACGGUCAGUUUCGUCAUCGCUUUCCAGCAUGCGUCGGUCGGUCGUCGGCACUUUAACGAGAAAGGCAAACCUCGAAAUUAAUGUCAACGGCUUGAAGGGGUACAACACGUCCCACCUUCCUCCCUCGCCGACAGUGGACCGCUCCCGGUCACCGGUGCCAACCAGUCCACGUUCACCAGUGCCGGUCAGUCCACGUUCGCCGAGCUUCCUCAAUCGCUCUCGGUCUCCACCAUUGACCAGUCCAACUUCGCCAACGAUCCAGCGCCGGGCUGUGGCGCCCAUCAUGUACAAUCGUGGCAACAUCUUGCUGGAGACUUGUAACAUCGAGGACGAAGAAUCAAGGCGAAUGACUGAGCUUGCGUUCUUGGGAUAG